CCGGCUUCCGGGAGCCGCUUUACGUGACGGCGGGCGUCCUUUUGCGACAGUCCGGGCUUGCUUUGUGGCCGUCCCCUCGCUCUCCGUGGUCGGCGCGCGGUUUCGCGGCCGCCUCUGCAGCGGCGGAGCAGCGAUGAGGCAGAAACGCAAAGGAGACCUCAGCCCCGCUGAGCUGAUGAUGCUGACUAUUGGAGAUGUUAUUAAACAACUGAUUGAAGCCCACGAACAGGGGAAAGACAUUGACCUGAAUAAGGUGAAAACCAAGACAGCAGCCAAGUAUGGCCUGUCAGCGCAGCCCCGCCUGGUGGAUAUCAUCGCCGCAGUCCCCCCUCAGUAUCGGAAAGUCUUGGUCCCAAAGUUAAAGGCCAAACCCAUCAGGACUGCCAGUGGAAUUGCUGUCGUAGCUGUAAUGUGCAAACCACACAGGUGUCCACAUAUCAGUUUUACAGGAAACAUAUGUGUCUACUGCCCUGGUGGACCUGAUUCGGAUUUUGAGUACUCCACCCAGUCUUACACUGGAUAUGAGCCAACCUCCAUGCGAGCUAUCCGUGCUAGAUACGAUCCUUACCUACAGACAAGACACCGGAUAGAACAGUUAAAACAGCUUGGUCACAGUGUGGACAAAGUGGAGUUUAUUGUGAUGGGUGGAACGUUUAUGGCUCUUCCAGAAGAAUAUAGAGAUUAUUUUAUUCGGAGUUUACACGAUGCUUUAUCGGGACAUACUUCCAACAACAUUUAUGAGGCAGUCAAGUAUUCCGAGAGAAGCCUCACGAAGUGUAUUGGAAUUACUAUUGAGACCAGACCAGAUUAUUGCAUGAAGCGGCACCUAAGUGACAUGCUCACCUACGGCUGCACGCGGCUGGAGAUCGGGGUGCAGAGUGUCUAUGAAGACGUGGCCAGGGACACCAACAGGGGCCACACGGUGAAGGCAGUAUGUGAAUCGUUCCAACUGGCCAAGGACUGUGGGUUCAAAGUUGUGGCUCAUAUGAUGCCUGACCUGCCGAACGUGGGACUAGAACGAGACAUUGAGCAGUUCAUAGAGUUUUUUGAGAACCCUGCUUUUCGUCCCGAUGGUUUGAAACUCUACCCUACCCUGGUGAUUCGUGGAACGGGGCUGUACGAGCUCUGGAAAUCAGGAAGAUACAAGAGUUACUCGCCCAGUGACCUGAUCGAGCUGGUGGCUCGCAUCCUCGCCCUCGUGCCUCCGUGGACGCGAGUGUACCGAGUGCAGAGAGACAUCCCGAUGCCCUUGGUCAGCUCGGGGGUGGAGCACGGCAACCUGAGGGAGCUGGCCUUUGCAAGGAUGAAAGACCUUGGCAUCCAGUGUCGAGAUGUGAGAACUCGAGAAGUUGGAAUACAAGAAAUUCAUCACAAAGUACGGCCAUACCAGGUUGAAUUGGUAAGGAGAGAUUAUGUUGCAAAUGGCGGCUGGGAAACGUUCUUGUCCUAUGAAGACCCCGAUCAGGACAUUCUGAUUGGCCUCCUGCGAUUACGGAAGUGUUCAGAGGAAACUUUCCGCUUUGAGCUGGGCGGCGGCGUUUCCAUCGUCCGGGAGCUGCACGUGUACGGGAGCGUGGUUCCCGUGAGCAGCCGGGAUCCUACGAAAUUUCAGCAUCAGGGUUUUGGCAUGCUGCUGAUGGAGGAGGCAGAAAGAAUAGCUCGGGAAGAACACGGCUCUGGGAAAAUAGCUGUUAUAUCAGGGGUUGGCACCAGGAAUUACUACCGAAAGAUUGGCUACAGAUUACAGGGCCCGUACAUGGUGAAGAUGCUAAAAUAACAGCUCCCUCUGCGCAGUAUCCUCCGUGGCGGCACAGAACCUAGAUGUCUGGAAUUCAGCAGAGAGGCGCCAUGCACCGGCCACCGGCCGGGAGCUUCCCCCGACCCUGCGGCUGCGGAGACCGGCACACACUUCCGAAGCCAGGCUGGGCACCUGCUGGCCGAGCCCAGGACCCUUCCCCUGUGCGGACCCACCAAGUCACUCCCAUCACGUAACCAACGUCUACAUUCCACGGGAGAGCUGCGGGUGGCUCCUGUGGGCCCAGCGACAAGCAGAUCCACCCCUUCAGACCUCGUAACGGGCCGAGGAGGACACACUGGGGACACCAGUCAGGCUGCUUUGGUUACCGUGCUGGCGUUCCGGAAGGAAGCGCACGGUGGCUGUGGGUGGUGGUGUCCCCCGCUGUCCGCAGGCUCCCGUGUGUCCCACGCCCUGACAGCUGCAGCCCUGGUGUCAGGGGACCCGGCCAUCCAGCGCCCAUCCCCCGCAGGCAGAACCCCGCGUGCGAGGCCCUGGCCCAGACUCCUCCUCAGAACCGGCGCCUCGCGUGCGUCGUUGACGGAGGAUGCGGGGUGUGUGUCGCGCAGACGGUUCGCCUCGCUCGUGAAGGCCCAAGUAUGGUAGCCAGGGCCCGAUUGAGAAAUGGGAAGAGGACUUUCCACAGGGUCCGCCCGUGGAGCCGCCGCCCC